AGGUGCUCAAAAGAUGUAGUACAUGCAUAGUGUUUUGUACUACAAAGUGUAUGUGUACUACAAUAACAUGGUGAUGCAUGCUCUAUAAAUUCGAUCAAUAGGCAGUUUUCAUUAGUUCACCACACUCAAGCUUCACCUACUCAAUCGGAUUAGAUAAGCUUCGAUCCAUUCUGAAUAGGUUCUGUUCAUGUGCUCUGCAAUUGGCCGAAAAUAAAGAAAAUAAGCGGAAUUGCAGAAAUGAGUGAAAAUGAUGCGAGAUUGGAGCAAAUUGGAGUUUCCGACAAAAUGACGAAAUAGUCAAUGCGGGUCAACCUUGAUCAACACUAUCAAGAGAGCGGAAUCUAAUCACCUUCGAUAAUAUGUUAUGGAAGUGCAUUGAGAAGAGAGAAGAAAGAAGAAAGAAGGAAGAAAAAAGAAAAUUGAGGAAAAGAAAGAAAAGGAAAAGAAAAAAAUAAAGAAAGAAAAGAAUUAUGACGUCAUGAUGGCAUCAUCAUGCAAUCAUCCUUUAAUCAUCUGAGCCAUUCCUUUUCUUUUCCUCACGUGCACUGCACGACCCAUCCAUUUCUUCAAUUGCUGCCACUCUUCCCAGCCACAUAUAGAAUUAUCCCAUUCCAAUUAUCAUUCAUUCUUCCUCUUCUCCCAGCAGACCACCACGACCUUUCCAACUCCCAAUUUCCAUUUUCUCUUCCUCUUCACCUCACCUCACCUCACCACAAAAUUCCUCCUUCUCAUCUUUUCUUCAUCUCACCAAGAUUCUCCUCACUAAUUUCUUCUCCUCACCAAGAUCAACUUCACCAAAAUUCCAUCUUCUCAUGCCCUAGCCCAAAUUUUAUGUAAAGGAUGCCUAUUUUAAUGUCAUGAUGCAAUUUAAUUUGAUGGAUGCUUAUAUCAAUUUUUGUUGGGUUGAAAUGCAUGUUUAGGAACCUAGUCAACUCUAGGUUAUGUAUUUUUGAGCAUGUCGAGGAUGGAGUUAGAGGCUUGACCCCCUCUAAUUCCUAAGCUAGAACCCUCAAUUUGGUAUUGUAAGGGUUAUAAGCAUGGUGAUUACACCUGCCGCGUGAUUGCGCGGGUAAAUCGCUUAGUGGUCUAAUUCUUGAGCUUUAUGCCAAUUAGAGCGAGUUAGAGACCAUUGAACCGGCUCUAACCAUCUCUAAUUGAGUUUAUGUGACCCUUGAACCGGCACAUUAAGAUCGUAAUUAAGAAUAUAUGGUCCUUGAGCCUUGAACCGCCUUGGAUACGACUACCGCCUAAUCAAGAAUUUUGCAUCUACAUUAGAUUAGCUUCCAGCACAUAGGAUUUGGGUGAAGGAACCUCCCUAGCACCCAACACUCUCUUGUCUUGAAUUUUUCGCAAACUACUUUAGCAUUGCAUUUUUCAUUUUUAGCAAUUUUUCUAUUUUCGGUUCUUAAAUUUAGUUUAAGUCUUCACAAUUAAAAAUCACAAUUUUCGGAUACUUGUUGCUAGGAUAAUAGUCAAGAGAGGCCUUACACUCAUGUGAAGAUGUUUGAAGAAGUAUGUGGUACAUUACAAUUGGGAGGACUUACACCGGAUAGCUUGAAGAUGCGUCUUUUUCCCUUUUCACUUCAAGAUCGGGCAAGAGAAUGGUUACAUAGACUACCUCCCACGAGUAUACGAUCAUGGCGUCAACUUCAAGAAGAGUUUUUGAAUGCAUUUUUUCCUCCCCACCGGACUACAAGUAUGAGAGAUGAUAUCUUGAGGUUUAUUCAAUUUGAUGGAGAGACUUUGCAUGAGGCAUGGGAGAGAUUCAAGGACAUUGACCUUGGAUGCCCUCACCAUGGCCUAGAUAAGUGGUUACUUAUUGAUUCAUUCCAUAGAGGCUUGCUACCGGAAUCUAGAAGACGUGUGGACAAUGCCGCACUUGGAAGCAUAGAAAAUAAGCAUGCUACGGAACCUUGGGGUAUCAUUGAGGACUUAUCUAAGCAAAGUGCAAGGUGGGACUCUCAUGACCGAAGAAGAAGACCAAGAGAUGAAUUUGAGAAGCCAAGGAGCCGUGAAUUGUAUGAUGAACAUAAGAGUCGAGAUUCCUAUGAUGAGCCUAAGAGAGGCCGUGACACCCUUGAUGAUUCAAGGAGGAGCCGUGAGUUGUACGAUGAGCCACAGACUCGUGAACAUGGUGUUGAUAAUGUUAGAGGUCAUGAAUCUUUACCUAGAGGCUGUGGGAUUUAUGAAGUGUCUAUGCCAAGUGAUGGAAUUAUGAAUUCAAAGUUAGAGAGACUUGAGAAGAAGAUGGAGCAACUACUUGAGAGGCAAGACCGUGAGCCACACAUUUCACAAGUCAAGGCCAUGAAUUCUACUCUUUCUACUUGUCUUUUAUGUGAGUCUCCUAGCCAUGUUACUCAAGAAUGGCAUUUAGCACAUCAAUAUCCCGAUUUUGUGGAGGAGCAAGCAAGGGUAAUAAAUAAUUUUCAAGGAAGGCAACAAAAGAAUGACCCCUACUCUCCAACAUAUAAUCCGGGGUGGAGGAAUCACCCCAAUUUUUCAUGGGGAGGCAACCAAGGUGGAUCAAGUUCACAAGGUGGUGGUUCUUAUAGUCAUCAAGGGCAAGGAGGUUCUAGCUAUAUUCAAAGAGGCCCUAGUGGCUCAAGUUUUGUACCUUGGUCAAGGAGGCUACUAUGGUGCAUCGCAUAGCCAAAAUGGCUCAAGUACUUCAUCUUCUGGCCCUCACAACAAUCAAGGGCAGAUUUCACCUAUGCAUCGUACACAUGGGAAUGUCACUUAUCUUUAUGGUUCGAAUGUUCAAAGUGGUCCUCCCGGGUUUGUGCAAGGUGGUGGCUAUGGAAACAACAAGUUUCAAGGUGGUUCUAGUGCUUUUCAUGGAGGCAACCAAGGCGGGAAUUACAAUCAUACAUCUAUCCCAUUCCAAUUAUCAAAAACCAAAACCCCAAUCCAUCGAAGAGAGAGAGAGAGAAAGAGAAUGCGGGAGGGGAGAGAGAGAGUUACCGGCUGGAUAGGUUGAUUUCUGACCUACCACAGUAACUUUCCAUAUAUAUAUAAAGUUACCAUAAACAAUAACUUUACCUUUUCGCUUAUACCUUUUGCAUAUGAACUCCGAUUUUUGCGUACCACAUGUUCACGAACUCGGUUUAACGUCCUCUACAACUUCCGUGAAGAAAAUUUUCUCAAAAACUUACCGGAACAAAAAGUCAACUUUUAAGGCCCCCUAAAAGAUUGAAACGGAGUCAAAAGUAAAAGUAAAUGUCGUUUACCAUUUGAAAGACUAGUAAACCGGUAACUUGCGAUCCGGGACGUAACACAUACAAACAAACACACACAUGAACACUUCUGUGUGUGUAGACCCGUUCUAAAGAGGACCUCCUUACUUGAAGAAUUUGAGGAUUUUUAUUUUAUUUUACAUAAGUAUAUGACCUAAUUCAAUGAUCUCAACAGUUGAUCCUUUAGAUUCCUAUGCAAGAAUGAUGUCUACAAAAAAUCAACAAAAUCCAUAAUCAUUUGGUCAUUCAAAAUUGUGUAAACAAAUGUAAACCGUUAGAUAAAAUAAAAAUAAAAAUUGUGCUAAAAAAUGGUUAAACGUUUUCCGAUUUGGCUAAUUUUUUGUAGAAUUCAUAUGUAUGUAGGUAACUAAAGAAUGAGUGGUUGUGUUUAUUAAAAUACAUCCUAAAAAUAAA